AAUUAUUGCAAGAGAAGACGAAGUAAUCAAAACACUAACACGUGAAAGACGACACAAAGGAGCUGAAAAAUGGUUAAAUUAAGGAAACAACGCAGAAGGAAAGUCUAUAGAUACAACGUCAACAGAAAGAGGCUCCGUAAUAAAAUAUGUGGGGUUGGAUCAAUUGGUUGCAAAGAGGUUAAAGAUGCCUGGGAAAGAGGCAAGUCUAUUCCCACCAACAUGAAAGAAAUGGGCCUUAGCUAUGAUCCAAAUGUAACAAUAAAAAUACCGAGUAGUAAAAAGGAAUACAAAAAUAUAAUUGCAUCUUCAGAGUGGCAGGAGGAGGAAUUAAAUGAGGAAGAACAACAACUCAACUCCAAGAAAUUAUCAGUGGUGGAAGCUCUAGAGGCUGAUGCAAAGGCACCCAGACCUAAGAGGCUGAAUCUGCCCAACAGUCAAGUAGAAUGGGUUACAUAUUUAAUUAAAAAAUAUGGUAGUGAUUAUAGGGCAAUGGCAAGAGAUAGGAAAAAUUAUAAUCAAGAAACAUGGAAGCAAAUUAGACAAAAAAUUAGACUGUUUAAGAAAAUACCACAACAGUAUAACGCAUUUUUAAAAGAGAAUGGACUAGAAGCAAUUGUCAGUGAUAAUGAAAACAUGUCAGAUGAUGAAUUGUAAUAUAAUUAAAUAUAUGUUUUUUAAAAAAUAUGUAACUUUUAUUUUAAGCUAAUAUACUAAUAGU